AUAGCCCCCGGAGCAGGGAGUGAGCGUCGCAGAGGUUUUUCAGUAGAAGUCUUGGGGUGCAUUUUCAUUGGUUAAAAAAUGACUACUCUUGAGAAUUUAGAAACUAAAGUCAUCCUGACUUCCACCCCAGUCCGGGGAGCAGGAGAUGGAAUGGAAACCGAGGAGCCAUCCAAGCCUGUUGAAGUUGCCCCUGGAGCCCAGCCUCGGAAGCCCCAGGUCCUUUAGAGCCCACGAAAGAAAGCCGUCACAUCCCAGAGCCCGGGCGUCCUGCAGCUGGGGAAGCUUCCCACGGAAAAAGCAGUGGAGGUCGAAGCUAUGAGGAUAAUAGUUCCCAAGGCUGCUAUCACCCACGUGGUCCCCAACAAAACCGCCAAGGUGAAGCCUGUGGGUCGUCCUACAGGAGAGCUCCCUGGCCAGUCGGAGGGGGCCGCAGAGGCGAAGAGCAUGCUGGAGAAGCUCCAGAGCUCCGAGAGGAGGUUACUGCAGGGCAGGGAGGGUCUUUCCAACCAGCUCCGCGUGCAGACGGAGGUCAAUCGGGAGUUGAAGAAGCUCCUGGUGGCUUCAGUUGGCGACGAUCUUCCCUAUCACUUCGAACGUCUGGCCCGUGAGAAAAACCAGCUUAUUUUAGAAAAUGUAGCCCUAAGUCAGAACACAGCUCAGCUUGCGGAGCAGUUAGAACGAAUGUCAAUACAGUGUGAUGUAUGGCGAAGCAAAUUCCUCGCAAGCAGGGUCAUGGCAGACAAGCUGACCAGCUCCAGGGCCGCUCUGCUGCGGCAGCACCGGGACAGCCAGGGCGCACUGCAGGGCCUGCUGAGUGAGCGGGAACAGCUUCGCCAGGAACUGAGCGCCACCCACAAAUUAUUGGAGGGGCUCCUGGUCUCCUUGCAGUGGGGCCGAGAGCAAACUUACUACCCUAGCACACAGCCUCACAGCACAGCAGAACUGGCAGCAACAAACCACAAGUUGGCAAAAGCAGUAUAUUCUCAUCUUCUGGGAAAUGUUGGAACCAACAGUCAGAAAAAGAUUUUGCCAACAGCUGAAUUCUGCAGCACCCCAGCGGAAAAAAUGGCUGAAACGGUUCUACGCAUUUUGGCCCCGGUUACCUGUACAGAGAGCUCAGCUGACAAUCCAUUUUCUGCGUCUUCACCAACCACCUUACUUGCUACAAAGAAAAACAUUGGGCGAUUCCAUCCCUACACUAGAUAUGAAGAUAUAACUUUCAAUUGCUGCAAUAAUUGCCAGGGAGAACUUAGUGUCCUCUAA